GUAGAUAAUGAUAGAUGUCGGAUUUUACCUAUUGACAGCUGAAAAAUGUAAAAAAAUAUUUCAUGAUUGUUAUUUCAUUUUCGAUGUCGAAACAAUAGCAAAUUUGGUGAAAGUUUUAGUUAUUUUUAACGAAAGUUCAGCAAAAAUGAAUAAAUUGAAAUCAUCACAGAGGGACAAAGUUAAAAAAUUUGUAGCUUUCACGCAAACGACAGAGAGUACAGCGAUAUAUUGCCUUUCUCAAAAUGACUGGAAGUUAGACCUGGCUAGCGACAAUUAUUUUCAAAAUCCUGACGCUUAUUACAAAGAUUCUGGUAAAGCAUCAGUGGACAGAAAGAAGAUUGACCAGUUGUUUAAUAAAUACCGAGAUCAUCAGGAAAAUGAUAAAAUUACUGUUGAUGGUGUGAUGAAGUUCCUAGAAGACUUAAACUUAAGUCCUGAAUCGAUAAUAGUUCUUAUAAUUGCUUGGAAAUGUAAAGCAGCUAUUCAAUGUGAAUUUACAAAAGAAGAAUUUACAAUGGGUCUUAUAGAGCUUAGUGUUGACAGCAUAGACAAAUUAAAAGUAAAAUUACCAAUGCUUGAUAUGGAACUUAAAGAUCCAAACAAAUUUAAGGAUUUUUAUCAUUUUACUUUCAAUUAUGCAAAGAAUCCUGGCCAAAAAGGAUUAGAAUUAGAUAUGGCGAUAGCUUAUUGGAAUAUUGUACUCAGAGGAAGAUUUAAAUUUCUUGAUGCUUGGUGUAAAUUUCUUGUGGAUCACCAUAAAAGAUCUAUACCAAAAGACACAUGGAAUCUUCUGCUUGACUUUGCGACACAAAUUGAUGAUGGAAUGAGUAAUUAUGAUGCUGAGGGAGCAUGGCCAGUUCUUAUUGAUGAUUUUGUUGAGUGGUGUCAAAAACAGGGACUUACAGCUGAUGGUGUUAAAUCUAUCGAACCAGUGUCUGGCUAGCUGUUACUUCAAUGGCAGAACGAAGCAGUUAGUCAUACUGAGGAAGGGUGUAAUUUGGUCAGAAAACUCCAUUCAUAUGUUUGUUCUCUGUUGUCAUGCUUCGUUCUGUACAGUUUUGAACUAUGCACGGUUGAAUGGAUUGCAAUCGUAAUUGUUUUUGACUUAUGUAGCUGACCAUAUUACUUGACAGUCUAUUUGGUAUACCUGUACAUAGUCUCAUGUUCGUCCAUACACAGAGUAAAAACAUUUUCCAAUUAGUAGGAUUUUAAAUUUUUCACAAUGAAAUUUGUUACACUGAAUAAUCUGCAAAUUGUAAAGCUUAUAAAUUAAGAUGUAAAUAUGUAUAUAACAAUGAUAAUAGUUUGCAGUAAAUCUAAAUAUUUUA